CAAGGACCCCCUGGACGUCAGGGACCAAGCGGCCGCUCCAUCAUUGGACCCCCUGGUUCUGCAGGUGAGAGGGGGCAGAAAGGUGAAGCUGGCCAACAAGGACAACAGGGUAUGCCUGGAAGACCUGGGCCUGCAGGAAGAGAAGGACCUCCAGGACCCAGGGGACUUUCAGGCAAAGAUGGCCCACAGGGCAGACCGGGGCCCCCGGGAACUAUGGGGACUCCUGGAGCUCCUGGAUCUCCUGGAAAUACYGGCCCCCAAGGAAAACAGGGAACCCUGGGACCACCGGGUCCACCAGGAACAAAGGGAGAGAAAGGUGAACGGGGUGACCUCCAGUCAACGGCAUCAGUUCAGGCCAUUGCCAGACAAGUCUGUGAGCAGCUGAUCCAAAGUCACAUGUCGCGCUACAACACUAUCUUGAACCAAGCGCCCAGUCCACCAGUGUCCAUCCGCACAGUGCCUGGACCUCCAGGAGAACCUGGCCGUGAAGGUUCCCCGGGGCCUCAGGGAGAACAGGGACCACCAGGAAGGCCAGGCUUUCCUGGCCAGAAUGGUCAAAAUGGGAAUCCUGGAGAACGAGGCCAACCAGGAGAAAAGGGGGAGAAGGGGUCUGCAGGCGUUGGUGCCCAGGGCCCCAGAGGGCCUCCAGGGCCUCCUGGUCCCCAAGGACAGGGCAGACCUGGCAGCCAGGGUCCAACAGGUCGCCCUGGAAACCCUGGAACUUCUGGUCGGCCCGGAGUUCCCGGUCCAGUCGGCCCUCCAGGACCGCCGGGAUACUGUGACCAGAACUCGUGUUUGGGCUACAAUGUCGGAGAAGGGGAAGAGAUCACUGACGUCCGCGGUAUCCCUCCAGUCCAACUUCCGUCCAGCGUCUUCCAAAACUACGGAGAGGCAGAAGAGGACGAYCCAUACCGCUACUACCAGCCCAACUACCCAGCUCCUCAACCCGUCUCGCCUGAUGACCCCGCGCUGGCGCUGGACGAUGUCGAGCUGAGGUCCCCCGGCGUGUACCGCAGCAAACGGAGCACAAAGGCRGAAGAGGAGCAAGCCGGGACAAAGAGGAGAAUAAAGAGAGGAGUGAAGAAUCUUCCUAAACUAACUAACUGAGAGGAGGAAGCUGGAGGACAGAGGGACGCUUGCUCUUUGUGAUUGGAAGGCUUGGAGCCAUUAUGAACUAAUCAACAAGUGCCUGAUGUAGGGGGUUUCUUAUGGACAUUGGAGAUGGAACGGGAGGGGAAAUGAGGUUGGGAAAACUUAACUCAUCUAUGCUAUUGGAUUAACUUCAACGGAACAGAUUUAUUUAGUUUUAUUCAUUUUGUUUAGGUGAAGCAAAGUGCUCAGAAAGUACUGAACUUUUGUUCAUAGUACCCAAAAACUGUCAGUAUUCAAUUUAUCGAUUUGUUUUCAGGUCUUUCAGUUUUUCAGCUGGUUGUUUAAGUGCCUCCUAGUGUUUUUUCUGGUACUUUGAUGGUAGAGUAAAGUAUCUUUUCUUUGAAGGUCUCUUUUGAUGCCURUUUGCCAGGGAAAGAUUUGCUUGAGCCUUCCAUUUGUUUAUUUAACCAGUGAACGUGUAAAACGGUUUUACAGUGCAGCAUUUCCUAUAAUCCUUUAUUUUGGCCAUGUUUGCAUCCAGCURUGUGAUUUCCACCCCACCCCUCUGUUUUGAAGGCACGUACAAAUUGCAGCCAGGGAUUUUUCCAUCUUCACAACUGGUCUUUGUGGAGUUUUGCAUGUUUUUAUUUCAUUUUAACAUGUGAUGUAUUCAUUUCUGACCUGAUAAAGCCACAGAUACACCUAAACUACUUAUCGAGAUGGUUUUAUGAAUGCUUAUUGAUAUAAUAUUAAGCUAAUACAUGUAUGUUUGAGAAGGUUGAUUAAACUAAAAUGUUAUAAAUCCAUAGAUAAUGUGGGCAAAAAACAGACAGACUGCUGUUUCUCACCUCUUGCCUUUUAAUUUUACCAGUUUAAUUGUUUUUUCAACAUUUCCUGUUUGUAUUUGUAAUCUAUCRGUUAGCCAUCUGUUCCAGAGAAAAUACUCUACAUCAAUUUAUUUUUUAAUUUUAGGUCAGCUUUAGAACAUAAAUGAGUAAAAAUAAAUUAAGCACACUAAUUCCAUAUGCAUGAUUGGUUUAUUAUCUUAGUUUUCGUGCUGUACCUUUUUUUUUCACUCCCAUUUUCCUUGUCGGUGUGAUUAAAUUAUGCCCAAUCACAUUUUCAAUUUUGUAAAUGUUUCCUCCGUUCGGUUUUUUUCUGAAGCCUUUGGUCUGUUACUGCAGCGUCUGAUCAGGAUGUUUAAAACUAAAAAAAAAAAAAAAAAAAAAAA